GCCAACUCGGGUCUCCUUGCUUGCUCACUACUCUCCAGGCUCACAGACUCAUCAGUAUUCACUCCCAUCACUUGAUUUUUCGCUCCUCCGUCACUCUUCGUCUAUCUCUAACACACACGCGCAGCCACUCACAGACAGCGCAGGGUGUCUCGUGUCUCAAGCGGUACUGUGCCUCCGCCCUCGUUGAUCUCUUAAAAUGAAACUGCUGCCAAUUAUGGUGGCGGGAGUCUCAUUUCUUCCCCUCCGGCGCGCUGAGCAUGCUGUAGUAGCAGAGGAUAUUGCCAGCUUACUUGGUAUCACCGAAGAGGUCGCGACCGAUGUACUGGGGCGUGGAGUCAUUCACAGGGUCAUAGCUUCGGGAUGUCACGCUAAAACCGUGCGACAUAUCCACAGUACAGCGGCAGCCAGCGAUCAAUUCGGGCUGGAUGAGUCUCAGAUUACAGACCUGGCCAUCUCCUUCACGUUGUGUUCUAUGGCGUCUGCGUUGCAGAAGGUACCCCAGGAGUGUGAGCCAUGGGACACUACCUAUACUACACAUCCAGGCGAAGAUUCUGCGGUUCGACACCCAAAGGAAAAGGAGAGGAGACGCGGACGCUGCCUGGCCGUUCUGCACCGGAGCCCUCAGGACUGGGCCACGUUCAACACGUACUUCAGCGACUCCACACAGUUGUGGCUCGCCUUAACGCACCAACGGCACAUUGAACUCGCGCAGGAGCUCUACACCAACGCUACCCAGGAGAAGAUCGCCCUCCUUCAACUUCUACACCGCAAAGCUGAGGCAAGCUUCGCCACAGACGCCGAGCGCGACCGCAGGGUCGAGGAGCAGCUGACCGUGAGUUCAGCGGCGAGCAAAUGCAGCGUCGCUAAAGCCUGUCUAUCCACGAAUCCUUCGCAUUCUCACAAUUGGUCCUUCAGAAACUGGCGGACAUGGUCUUCCGCUUCGACGCUACGCAAGCAAAACUCGACGAUUCUGUGGAAUCCUUCUCGGAGGGUCAACGCAAGCUUUGGGACGAAACGGCACAACACAUGAAACGCUUGUUGGCGACUGCAGUUCAGAGUGCUCAAGGUGACCUCUCCCAACUUCAGAGGGAUGCUGUUCACGAAGUGAGUGAUCAUCAAACAACG